UUAAAUUUUGAAUAAAUAAAUAAAAUGUAAGUAUAAUAAAAAUUAAUAGAUUAUAAUUGCGCCAUUACUGGGUAAGUGCAUAAUAUUAUUUUUUUACGUAGGAUCAAUUUCUCAAACUCACAUAUAAAUAAACCCGGUUUGAAAAACUGGCCAUUAAUGUUUUCUACUAGAAAUUUAAAAUUUUCCCGCGAUUACGCAUGCACUAAAGCCCGAGACUUCCUCAUCACGCGGGUAUUAUUUUGUAAUGUUCUAACCCAGUUGCUGAAGGUCCAUAGAUAAGAGUCGGAAAAAAUGAUGGAGUCUAAAGCAAAAGCUGCUUUGAAUCGUCUAAAGGAAAUUGAUAAAAAGUAUAAAUAUAAUAAACAAGAUAAAUUAUUUAUUUCAAGUGAUAGUUCGAAGAGUAGUAAUGAAGAUAAAAGAUUACGGCCGAUAUUGAAUUUUAAAUUACCGGAUCCUUAUGAGGAAUAUGCUGACUCCAAUACGGAGGAGAGUCAACAGGUUGUUGUUAUUGUUGUUGAUACACCGAGAUCCAGACACUCCAGUCAUCAGAGUUUCAAGAGUUCUGUCAAGUCAAUGACAGAAGUUGUGGAGAUGAAAACUAUUGGAGAUGGUUUUGAAUUAUCGGGAGGAACUGAUGAAAUAAGUGAAAUUAUUGAUGACGUCAGUGAAACGGUUCAGGAAGUUACGGAGAAAUCUUUUUACAGUGAUUCAAAUCUGGGUAAUGGUGAGGAGAGUGCUAUAGAAGAUGAUGGUGCUGGCAAAAAAACUUCCGAUGAGAUUUUGACUGACAAAUAUUCGGAUUCUUUCGAAAGUUCUGGGACAGAUGAAUCUGAAUCGGAAUCGGAAUCAAAGUCAUCGAUUAUUUUAAAACCCGUAGCUGAUAAUUUUGAUAAAAAUUUUAAUAAAAGUAAAAGUAGUUCUGAUGAUAAUAAACCUGUAAAAAAAUCUAGUAAUUCAACUGAUAAAGAAAAUAAAAAUAUACGGAAUCAGGUUGAAAAUAAUGAAAUUAAAAAAAAAAUAUCGAUAGAAAGUAUUAAAUUGUCUGAUAUAAUUGAAGACACUGAUGAAAAUUAUAAAUUAUCUGGUUCAGAAGUAGAUGAAAGGAGUAUCCAAAGUUGUGAUUCUUAUAACACUGAGUAGUUAAAAGUCUGAAAAAAAAUCCAGUAGAUCAAAGUCUGAGAAAAGAUAUUCCUGUCCUGAGUCUGCUCAAAGUUCUAGUCGUAAAUCUAGUGUUAAGUAUAAAAAAAAGUCUGAUACCCGACAAACUGUUAGUGAUCAUGAGUUAAAUUUAUCUUCGAAGAAAAAAUGUUCAAGGUCCAGUAGUAAUAAAAGUUUAGAAAAAAAGAUGAGGCGAAUUCAUCUUCAUUUUAAACAAGAACAACAUCGUCGAAAUUCGGCUAUGAUUAAUAACAUACAGAAGAUGGAAGAAGAGCAUCAAAGACUUGUUAUGUGGCCUAAAAAUUUCAUUUGCCCAUCGAGGGUUAAUCUCAAGACUGUAAAACCACUAGAAUUACCAAAUAUAUCUGGGUUCACUAGACCUGACCCCGAAAUUAAUAAAAAUGAAGAUAUCAAUAUGGAAAUACUGCGAAAUCGAUUGCUUGACAUUCGUCAGUGGUUAAAAGACCUAUAUUUAGUAUAUAAAGAGCACUGUGAUUUAGCAGUGUCUGUAAACAAAACUUAGAAUUUAGUUACUGAAGAAUAAUAAAAUUAUGACAUGGAAAUUAGCUGACGUCAAUACUUUUGAAUUUUUUUAUAAACGAUAAAUUUUGAUAAAUUGCAGCUAUAGUUUUUGAAUUUUCUACAUUUGCAUUUUUUAUUAAAUUAAAUUAUUGAAAAAUUUUUCUUGCGCCUUGAAAUCCUGUUUUUUGGAUCGAAUUCUCAACAAUACUGAGAAGAAAAAUAUUUUCGAACCGUACAUUUUUACUACAAGAAAUUAUGCUAUUAAAUAUUUUCAAUCUACGAUAUUUUUGGUUCAAAAAUUUGAAUAUUCCAUUCAUAAUAAUUUUUUUAAUCCAAGAAACCCAAGUUUAUUUCAAAAUACCUUUUUCUUUUCAUUGCAGUAGUGUAAAUAAAUUUUGAUUUUCUUCUGUCAAAAAAAAUGCAGACAUUAUUUUAAAAUUUAUAUCCUCGAUCAAUUUAUGCAACUAUAAAGAUUAAUCGAAAUAGCUGACUUAAACUUCUAAUAAUAAUUAUUUAAUAUUUAUCACGGAUUUGUGUCAUGUAAUUACUUUAAAUAUUACGUUGGUAAACAUUAAAUACUUAAUGACUCACGCCUGUUGGAGACCUCAGAAAUGUAUAAAAAUUUAUUGAUACGAAUAUUUAUAAAAAAUGUUACAAAUUAAAUCCUUAAGUUAUCGUUUUCUUUACAAUUAUUUUUGAAAAAGUCAAGUAACACUGCAUUUCUUACAAUGCAGAAUAAAUUCGUUUCUUCACUAAUACCCUUGAUUCAAAUACAUCAGUGAUAGUCUUUUCAGUUUUAAAAUUUGGAUCG